AUGUUUUUGGGGGUAAAAUGUUUUGUCUUGAAAAUCGCCCACUCGUUGGAUGAGUUUGGUAUAUAAACCAGUUGAGAACCAUUGCUCGCGCAGACGAUCCGUAUUCGGGACGCAGCUGCAGACGCGUGCGCAGCAAAGAACGCGCAGAUUGUGAACACGUGACCGUCGGCCAUGGUGGGAAUCGUAAUCGUCGAAUCGGAGAGCGUUUACUAUCCCCGCUCCGGUCUGCGCGAACAAAGAGACAAAGCUACUUGGUUCGUGUCGACGGUUCAUGCCACUAGAAAGUCGUUGGCAAUUGGUGGGUGCGGUUGUUCCGCGAGGUAGAGAAAGGUGCGUCGGUGUAGGAUUCGCGAGAAAGUUUUUUCCGCGACGGUUGUAAAGUGUACCGAGUGAAACAUCGUGGAACAGAAGAAGAAGAAGAAGAAGAAGAAGAAGAAGGAAGGUUAACGCCGCGCCGUUGCAAUCGUACGAGUUUUCUAAUCCACCAUCUUGUCCGAUACUCGCUCGCUUGGCGUAUCAGCUAUCGAAGAAACGAUUUUGGAACGCGUUAACGAGCGAAAAGAUUUCGAAACGCGUCGUUUUUAACUAACGAGGAAUUAUCGCAUCGGUGUAGCGAGACCGUCCUUACGAAUUUGGGGAUACGUAAAACCGAAAUAACGACCAUCGCGAAGCUUUUCGCGUCGAACGAACGAGCCGUUGGUGCCAAAUCGUCCGUAUUCGCGAAAGAAUCAUCUAAAACCGAUCGGUAUUUCAUUUUCGCGCUGGAGCGUCGACGAACGAAUACUAAGCGCGAUCGUGCGACGUGGCCACGACGCCAUUUUGUGAAGAUUGCUGUGCGCGUCGUGCGAUCAACAACGGCCUCUCUCGUCCCGUGACCCACCAAGUCGAGGAAGAAACAGUAUUUCCUUUCGAUCGUAUCGACUCUCUUAGCAACAUCGCCAGAGAAGAAAAAAAAAGGUGGAGGCGAAAGAGGAUUGGUGUAAUAUAUCGUCAACGGUUUUAUCAUACUCGUUCGUCCUGGGUUGCAUCGCAUAGCAGCAGCCAUGAGAUUAGAAAUUGUGUCGGCGGCGGAUUUUUUGGUACAUCUGCUGCGUCUUCAGACGGGACAGCUGUCGGAGCGUCAGCUCGAAAUGUUCAAGUCCUCUUUAACGGAGGUGCUGCGUCAUCGUUACAGGGACCAUUGGUUCCCAGAUCGGCCGAAUCGUGGUUCCGGUUACCGUUGCAUACGUAUCAACGGUAAAAUGGAUCCGGUAAUCGCGCAGGCAGGCGCGAACGUUGGUCUGCUGCCCACAGUAUUGCACAGCUUGUUCCCAAGCGAGCUCACCAUGUGGAUCGAUCCAUCAGAAGUAUCGUACAGAAUCGGAGAGAAUGGAUCGAUCUGCGUUUUGUACGAGCGUACGGAACCCGACCCGGACGAGUCACAGCAACACCAACACCAACUUCAACACCAGCACCAGCACCAACACCAACACCAGCAUCCUCAUCAACAUCAACAUCAACAUCAACAUCCGCACCAACAACAGCAGCAACAACAAUUCGAGAGUUGCAAAGACUCGUUGUUGCUCGAGCAUUCGCAGUUUAGCGAGCAAAUCGCCGCGUUUGUUUCCAGUUGAAGCGUUUUUUGGCAUAAGUUAAUCGGUACGACGACGCUAGGCGUCUCGCUUCAUUUCUAUUGAACGUGCAUCACGCUCUCGAACUGAUCAAAGCAUAUACGCGUUUCGUCGUGAUAUGUGAUCAUGCUCUUACUUACCCUGGUCGUGUGAAUAAUUUUUACUCGUGUACACGAACGCGCAAUCCUACUCCAUCGAUCAAAGUUUUCACGAAGCAGUGCAACGUCGCGUCGCUUGCUCUUUCGUGCGUUUCUAAUCGAGGCCGACAGUAAAAAGAAAAUAAAUAUAUAUAUAUAUAUAUAUCAUGUAUGUAUAAAAUAUGUAGGAAAAGCAAAUAACCAUUUUGGCCAAAUUUUACGAAGUAAUUCGUCCAUUACGUGUCGUCCAACGGGUCGUAACCAUUGCAACCACGACUGACUCUAGUCCAACCGUGCGCGAGUCAUCCUGAAUUUUCGUUGAUCGUACGAAAGCGGAUCCUCAUGGCGGAAGAUAUCAUCAUCAUCGUUAAAUAUUCGAAUAGAAUACUGCGCGUUCGCGUAACGACGUGUAAUCCAGACCAGCGGUCACAUCUUGCAUCCUGGCGUGUCUCGCGACAAGAUCCGGCUUUUUCCAGCUUCGAGGGAAGCAGUGCCCACAGCGAGACCACCACUGCCUGCAAAGUGAGACAAAGAAAAAGAAAAUGGGCGAGCCCCGCGAGGAACUCUCUCAGCCCGACAAAUUGAUCUCAGCCUCGUCCUGCGUAUUUCCGUUAAUCCUGAAGGGAAGAAGGUACGCGGAGCGGGGAACAACGAACCAGUCUGACCCUCUCCUCUGUUCUGGGAGCGAGGAAAAGCAAAACCAAGCCUCUCUUCCUCGAGAAGACUUCAACAACGUGUUUUUAUCGUCGCAAAUCUCUUUUCUUCCACGAACUUUCUUAUGCAUCGAUCUUAACGGAUUACUCUUGAAGCCCUCUGGUGUUUCGAUGUUCUUGGUAUUGCUCUCCCCAAUUCCGACGAAGGACAACAUCGAGGGACGCGGAUCGAACGGAAGAGCAAAACGAAUUCAGUUCCGAGUCAAGAAUAGACGAACAAUGUCCUCUUCUGUUCGCGAAUCAUCACCGUGGUCAUCAAGGAUUUUUUCUCCCGAACCUCGCACUGUCAAUGCAAAUUACCACCGAGCCACACACAGACACCAAGACACUGACAAUUUGGAAAA